CGCCUAUUGGCUGUAGACCGGCGCUGCGCGUGCGCACAGCCGACGCGCGCCCGUGACUGCCGGUUGAAAGAUGGCGACUGUCGCGGAGCUGAAGGCUGUUUUAAAGGACACCUUGGAGAAAAGGGGAGUAUUGGGGCAUUUAAAAGCAAGGAUCCGAGCUGAAGUAUUCAAUGCCCUAGAUGAUGAAAGUGAACCCCGACCACCAUUGUCUCAUGAAAACCUUAUAAUUAAUGAACUAAUUCGGGAAUAUCUUGAAUUCAACAAAUAUAAGUAUACAGCAUCUGUCCUCAUGUCAGAAUCUGGUCAACCUGUAGUUCCAUUGGACAGACCAUUUCUUAUCCGUGAACUAAAUGCAUUUGAAGAAUCAAAGGAUGAUACAAUACCUCUUUUAUAUGGAAUUUUAGCUCAUUUUUUACACAGAACGAAGGAUGACCUCCAAAAUCCAUUCCUGAGAGGGUCUUCACUUCAGCCUCCAAACCCAAAUCUUGGUGGACAGCCUAGCAGAAGAAAGCAAAGGGAUGACCACUUACAAAAAGAGAAGGGGAACAGUACUAAUAUGGAAGAUCCUCUUGUUUCUCAAGCAGUGAAGAGAUGACCUUUCCAUUCGGGUCAUCUUUUGUCUUAAAAUUGUAUGUAUUAAAAGAAAAAAAAUUGUGUGUAUUAAGUAAUGUAUUUAUUCUCCCAACAUUACCAAAAUAUAUCACUAAUAUUUGUAGAAAAUCGGGUUUCUGCAAAACAUUUAGCCCACUACAUUUGUGAGUAAAAGCUAACUCUGUCAUCUAGCUUGUUGGAUUUGACUCGAAAGAAAAUGCAUUGUUUCUUUAGAAAGAAUUUUAAAGGUUUUUAAAUUUGUGAGAACUGGAAGGACUUUUUAGUACCCUGUAUAUUCUCCAAAAAAACAAGAUUCAGGUCUUUAUAGCCAUAUGCUCUGCCCUUUAACAAGAUUACAUUGAUUACAUUUCCUUCAGGCUGGAAUUAUAUGGAUUUGUAGAAAAAUUCAUUUAUGUUUUUAAAAAGCAUUUGAAAGAACAUUAAAGCCAGAAAAAAUGAAUUCCUAUGUAGUUUGAUUUUUUUUGUUGUUUACGAUUAGUGAUUUUUCAGAUAACCAUUUAUAAUUUGGUUUGAAUAUCUGAAUUACCAUCUAAAUUUGAACUUCUAAACUAGGUAACAAUGUACUUUUUCUUUCCUUAGACCAUUUUGGCUCCUACUGGAAGAUUUAAUUAAAAGGUAGAGGGGGAAAUAAUUCUUUUAAUUUUGCUGUAAGUAAAACAAAGAGUUUAUUUUAUUAUACAAAGAAUGUGGAAUAAGCAUGAAGAGACAGGCUUUAGGAGAAAUACCAGAAAGCACCUUUUAAAGGAUAGCUUUGUUUAGCCUCCAUGUGGCCCUCAGCUGUGCAAUUACAAGAUGAGCUAUGAAAGAGCUAGUCCCUACCUAUCUGGACUCUAAAUCUCAUGACAUGUCAAUUUUUUAUUCUUGAGAUAGAAAAAUGGUAAGAGUUCUUGCUGUGCUAUCUUUAAAAUGCUAUUUGAUAUUUACUACAACAUUUUUAUAACGUGGAGUCUACAGACUAAUGUCCCUAACAACAGCUAUUAUAAUAGCCCUUGAUUGGCAAAAGUCAUAAAGUAUAUUCAGACGGAACUUGAAUGUUUUCCACAGGACAGGUGAGAAGGGCUGUCAAUAGCAAAAUUGGCAUUCCCUUCAGGGUGUUGAUUCUGUGCUGUCUUUGGAAAUUAUUGAAACUUUUGAGUUUAUGUUUGGUGUUGGUUGGUCCUUACAGAUUAACCAGGAAUUUUUACUUGAAUGAAGAAAAUUAUUAAAGAAAUCCCCUUAAGCCAUACUUUACAAGUCAGAGGAUUUUUGAGAGGCCCAAUUGAUGACCUAGAAUUACAUAUAUAGAUGUAGAAGUGUACUAUAAGGGCUCAUUUCCUUUUUUUAAAUUAAAUCUGUAGUAUCUGAUAACAAUUAUGAAUUCCAUUGUAUUAUAUGUGGGAAUAUAAAUAUCUGAAUUCUCAGAGGACUUGGUUUUCAUCCAAGGAUGUUGGCAGUGGAUGCUAAGUUUACCUCAGGAAUUAGAACCAUGCAGGAUUAGAUUUUUAAAAAAUGCUGGAGUUUAUAAUGCUGAUCACUGAUAUAAAAUCAUCACAAUAGAAGCUAAACAGAAUUGUCACAUGUAGUCCAUAGUGCUUGUAUGCAUUACUCUGUAACUCGUUUGUACCUAGGCAACUUUUAUACUUUGAAUGUAUUAUUUAAUAAAAAAAACAAGCAACUCA